GGAGACCCCGCAAAGUGCUGCCAAGGCCCCGGGGGAGGAGCUGAGGUCAUUAUUGAAUUUGAAGUAAAGUUGAAUACAAAACUGUUUCAGCAAUGCAGACAAUUAAGUGUGUUGUUGUGGGCGAUGGUGCCGUUGGUAAAACAUGUCUCCUGAUAUCCUAUACAACAAACAAAUUUCCAUCUGAGUACGUACCAACGGUUUUUGACAACUAUGAAGUUACUAUUAUGAUUGGUGGAGAGCCAUGUACUCUUGGACUUUUUGAUACUGCAGAACAAGAGGAUUAUGACAGAUUACGACCACUGAGUUACCCACAGACAGAUGUAUUUUUAGUCUGCUUUUCAGUGGUAUCUCCAUCCUCAUUUGAAAAUGUGAAAGAAAAGUGGAUGCCUGAGAUAACUCACCACUGUCCAAAGACUCCUUUCUUACUUGUUGGGACCCAAAUUGAUCUCAGAGAUGACCCCUCUACUAUCGAAAAACUUGCCAAGAACAAACAGAAGCCUAUCACUCCAGAGACUGUUGAAAAGCUGGCUCAUGACCUGAAGGCUGUCAAAUAUGUGGAGUGCUCUGCACUCACACAGAAAGGCCUAAAGAAUAUAUUUGAUGAAGUAAUAUUGGCUGCCCUGGAGCCUCCAAAACCGAAGAAGAGCUGCAGGCGUGUGCUGCUAUGAACAUCUGUCCAGAGUCCUUUCUGCACAGCUGGUGUUGGCAUCAUACUAAAAGCAAUGUUUAAAUCAAACUAAAGAUUAAAAAUUAAAAUUUUUUUUUGCAGUAAUGACAAAUGCCUUGCUCCUACCAAUAUGCACUCCUGUAAAACAGGCUCAUAGGAAUGGCCCUCCUCCUCCAGAUACUAGUUAAUUUUGAGUAAUUAUGUAUUUGUCAGAGAAGUGAUCAGUACUAGUUUCAGUUUUGUUGUUUUAAAUUUUUUUGUUUGUUUUGUUAUUUUUUAAAGCAAGGCAUGCUUGUGACGACUCUGUAACAGACUAAUUCGGAUUGUUAAAGCUGCUGCGGGGCUCCACUCUGGAGAGUAAUCUGGGGCAUCUAGUAAUUGAGUUUUUUCCCCUCCUUUUUUGUGUGUAGGUGAGUGUGUGUGGGGGUCUGUUUUUAUUUAGUAUUUUUGUUUGUAUUUUCUUCAUUCAUUAGCUAUUGGAUAGCCCUUAAGGAGAGGAGGAUGGAUGGAUUCCACAUUCCACUUCCUAUGUCUGGUUUAGAGGACACGCUCCCCACCUGGUGCUUUUAGGAAGGAGUAUAGCAGAUGUCUCCUGCAGUGAACAUACUCCUUUUUGAAAGUUGUCUUUUCUCUCCACCCCUGAGUAGGUUCAGUAUUUGAUGAAACUAAUGAAAGUGGAACCUGAUUUGUCCCUCCUCUUUUCUAGGAUGCACUAUAUAUGUGACUGACUUUCAAGGAAAUAUGUUUCCCAUUUAAUUUUUU